GUGAUUGUAUAAAACGGCGGCUCAACUGAAACUAUUUAGUUAGUACAAAAUUAAACGUGCACCAACAAUAUUCAAUAUGAAAUUCCUGAUUGUUUUCGUGGCUCUGAUUGCCGUUGUUGCGGCACAUGGAUAUAGCGGCAACCAGGGCGGUCAUGGCCAGCAAGGACUUGGUCAGGGUGGACAUGGUCAGCAAGGAUUUGGCCCGGGAAAAACUGGCCAGCAAUUCGGUCAGGGAGGACACGGUCAGCAAGGACUAGGCCAGGGGGGCCAUGGACAGCAAGGAUUCGGUCAGGGUGGACACGGUCAGCAAGGAGGACGUGGCCAGCAAGGAUUCGGUCAGGGUGGACACGGUCAGCAAGGAUUCGGCCAGCAAGGAGGACGUGGCCAGCAACAUGGUGGACGUGGAGGCUAUUAAGUAUAUAUGGACUGAAAUCUAAAUAAAAAACUA